GGCACGUUCCUGUGGGACUGGGAGGGAAAAUGUUUCUGAUCUGGGUGAGAGGUUUAUUAUUUACAACAGCAGACAUGGACGGAGCGCUUAUACACGAUCAUACGGUGUGCAGACAGAGAUGGUGGUGGUUCUCCAGCUGGCUGCCCUCCUGGUGUCCCACCUCACCGUCUCAUCUCAGAAACGCCGAGGACAGAAUUCUCCAACCUCUGACACACAGCUUCAGCAGACGACAUGUCCCGAUAUCUAACGGGAACUACAUCUGGACUCUGAGCUUUGACGAGACUCAGGACUCCGAGCGUUCUCGGGUCCCGGUGGUGCUGCUGCAUGGGUUUGGGGGUGGAGUGGGAUUGUGGGUGAAGAACCUGGCUGCUCUGGCGCUCAGCGGGAGAACCGUGUACGCUCUGGACCUGCUGGGCUUCGGCCAGAGCAGCCGACCGAUGGCAGGCAGCCACGCCCAGGAAGCCGAGGAGAAGUUUGUCCAGUCGCUGGAGGAGUGGAGGGAGGCGGUGGGGGUGGAGCUUAUGAUUUUGUUGGGUCAUGACCUUGGAGGGUUCGUCUCCACGGCUUACGCUCUGACACACCCACACAGAGUGAAGAACCUGAUCCUGGUGGAACCGUGGGGUUUCUCAGAAAGGCCCGAGGUGCAGGAGGUCCACAGCAGGAUCCCCAUGUGGGUCAAAGUGCUGGGAAAAGCGAUGAAUCCAUUCAACCCCCUCUCACUGCUCCGACUCGCAGGCCCUCUGGGUCCUUUGUUGUUACAGACUCUCAGGUCAGACUUUAAACAGAAAUAUUCGGCUGUGUUUGACGAUGACACGGUGCCUGAUUAUCUUUACCACCUUAAUGCACAGACACCCAGCGGUGAGACAGCGUUCAAGAACAUGACCGUCCCUUACGGCUGGGCCCAGCGUCCCAUGAUGCAACGUGUGGGAAUGCUCGAUCCCACAAUCCCAAUUUCCAUCAUCUGUGGCUCCCGUUCCUGCAUCGAUAGCCAAUCAGGACACGCCAUUCACGAGAUGCGACCCAACUCACAGACAGACGUUAUUGUCAUCAGAGGGGCGGGACAUUACGUGUUUGCAGACCAAUCAGAAGAUUUCAACGAGGUCGUACUGAAGAUAUGCAGAGACGUGAAUAAUGAAGGAGAGACAGAAGUGGAAAAGAAGGAAAAAAGGAAAGAGAAAGGGGAGAAAGAGUGAAGGGGAAGGAUGUUUAUGUAUUAAUAAUACAGUUUAGGAGUAAAGGGAGAGAGGAAAAACAGAGUAGGAAGGAUUUUUCUUUUUUUCAUUGUCCAUAUAUUACAUAUGUGUAUGUAUUUUAUAAUACUUUAUAUAUUCUAGAAAAUUUCACAGAUUUUUUGUCAUUAAUAUUUGUUUAAUUUAAACUCAUUAGUUUUUAAUAUUAUUUACUUUAUCUGUAGUUUUUGUUUAAUCACACUGCUGGUUUUUGCAUCAGUAUUUGAUGGAGCUGAACACAAAACCCAAACAAAACUUUAGAGAAAUAAGAAUUUAGCAUCUGCACUAACACACUAUAA